AUGUCUUCACCUGAACUGCUCAUCAAGGCGCUUCCAAGAUGCCUUCAUGUGCUCUCGGAGUCCCUUGCAUUGCUUACUGAUAGCAAGAUUAAAUUAGCUAUCAAAGCAGCAGAGUCAAAUAUUAAGACUAACGUAGAAACUCCGAAAAAGUUAGAUUUAGAACUUGUUUCGGAACCAUUUUUCUUAGCUUUUAAUACAGAUUACAAUAAAUUCUCACUUCAAGUACUUGAAUCUCUAGCAGUUCUUUAUCAUGCUUCAUCUGUUGAACUAUUUCCCAAUCAAAAAAUUACUGAACGUACAAUAAAAGUAAUUUCUUAUAUGCACACAAUAAAGAAGGAUGAAAUAAAAGUCAAAGCGUGCAAAUUAAUAUCAUUCAUCCUCUUAUCUCCUUCCGGAAAUCUAUAUGUCCAUAAUGAAAACAUGUACAACAUUAUCCAUUCUAUUCUUGUACUAUACCAGUCCUGUGCUGAGGACACAAAAACCAAAGAAGUCUGCGAAAUGACUUUACAUGAAACGAUGAGAGCCUUAAUCGGUUGCUACGAUACAUUAAUUCAGAAAAUAGAAUUCGAUACUGUAUCAGAGCUUGCCAAGUAUACAGUAAACGCUUUAACAUUAAACUGCAUCCAAGCGAUUGAAACAAUGCCAUCUUACCCUCAAUACGCAACUCCUCAUGACAUUGAUGUUACCGUUGCCAUACGGUUCCUUACGAAUGCAGUUGAAAAGCAGCUAUUUGAUGAAAAAACCACAAUUUUGGCUUUAUCAACCCUUAAUGGCAUUUUAUCAUCAGAUUUCCCAUAUUUCAACAAACCAUUCUUCAAAAAUAUAUUAAACGAAGAUGUACGAGUCGCAAUCUUAGCCGCUUCUUACAAUUCUUCUUUCGAUACAGCUCCUUACACAGCAGCUCUUGUUUUAACCGUCUGGAGCCGCCUCUCAUACAAGUUUGCCGAAGGACUUAACGAAAUUCUUGACCAAGGCCUCACAAUUGCCUUGUCAUCCCCUGACAGCCACGUUGUUCGUCGCGCUUGUCACAUUUUCCGUGUCCUCUGCAACAACCCACUAAUUUUUGUUGAUUCUUUCGUCAAUUUCGACUGCGACCAAUCAGGAACUUUCAAGAACAUCUUCGAGAACUCAUUCAGCAUCAUCUGCAAGAACGCUUACCCUACAAGCGAAUCAAAAUCGCUGCAAAAGUCCGCACUUACUACUUUAUCAAAUAUUUUAUACAAACUUUGGGAAUUCUGCAAGAAUCCUCCAGCACAAAACACCUCCCAAAAUGUUACACAGAAUAUCAUUGCCGCUAAGCAAGCAAAAGACAUUUUUACCCAAGGAAUCGAAAUUUUCCGAGAUUCGCCUAAAAAAGGUCUCCAAUUCUUCAUAAAGAACAACAUUGUGUCCUCUGAUCCCGUAGAAAUCGGCAAGUUCUUCUUUAACUCACCCAGCCUUCCUGGCCAGUCAAUUGGAGAAAUCAUUGGCGGAAACAAACCGGAAAAUGCGGCCAUUUUGAAGAGCUACAUGAACUGUUUCGAUUUCUCAGGAAUGACGUUCGAAAAAGCCUUCAGAACCUUCCUUUCCGCCUUCAUUAUUCCAGGCGAAGGUCAAAUGAUUGACAGAAUCAUGGAACAAUUUGGCCAAAGGUUUUACAAGCAGAAUCCAUCGAUUUUCUCAUGCGCGGACACUGUCUACGUGUUGGCCUAUUCCGCAUUGAUGCUGCACACAGACGCACAUCAUCCGACAAUCAAGAAACACAUGACAUUGGAAGAAUUCAUCAAAAACAACAGAGGAAUAGAUAACGGAAAAGAUUUGCCAACCGACUUUUUGACUGAUUUAUACAACGGCAUCAAACGCGAGAAGAUAUUUGUUUCUCCAACGAAUAUUUCUAAUAAUAACCUCAUAAACAGACAACAGCGCAUUGAGAUCUAUCAACAGCAAUGCCAGCAAACAUUACAAGCAGCAAGACAACAUAUAACAGGUGACAAAUUUGUUUUUACACAUGUUGAUUCACCUUUGUUACUUGGUCCGAUGCUUCAACGUGUUUGGGGUCCAUUAGUUGCUUGCCUUUCCAUCAGUUUGGAAGCGACAAAUGACCAAAAGAUCAUUGAUCUCAUAUUGAGUUCAAUGGAGAGUGCUUUACAUAUAAGUGCUCGUUGUUAUGUUGAAGAUGCAUUGCAAUCAUUAUUAGAUGCAUUGACAAAAUUCACGAGAUUGAGACAUAACUGCGAUGUACAAGAGCCGAAGAAUAUCCAAUGCACUGAUUUACUUCUCAAGUUCGUUGUUGAAGAGCGAGAAUAUAUUAAAAAUGCAUGGAGUGUCUUCCUUGAAGAAGUUUCACUCAUGGAAUCAAUCAAAGAUCUUAGUAACGUCAAAGAAUACCUUGACAAAGCAGAAGAACUCUAUGAACACACUAAAUCAUUGGACCGCGAGUCAAUCAACGAUUUCUGUCGUGCAAUGUCUAUUGUUUGUAUCCGUGAGACGGAAGAAUCUACACCACGUAAUUACAUGCUUCAAUCUAUGUCAAAAGUUGCCAUCAUCAACAUGGAUCGCGAGAAGUAUGUUUGGAACGAGAUCUGGACAGCCAUUUCUCCAAACAUUGUUUAUGGUGGUUCACACAAGAACAAAUCCAUUGCAGAGUUUUCUAUCAAACUUCUCACCGACCUUUCAGAGAAGUUCCUUGCUAAAGAAGAGAAGACAGACUACCACUACCAAGAACGAUUCCUUAGUCCUAUGCUUGAUAUCUAUUACGGUGCAAGUCAUCGUCACAUUCAAGAAGUUCUUCUUGAUUCUAUUGGUAAACUUGCUUUCUCAUUCCACUCUAACUUCCACUCAGGCUGGACAGUCAUCCUUCGUAUCCUCACAGAAUCAUCACGUGACGAACACUUUAUCGAUCGUACAUUCCGUAUCAUCGAGAACGUCAUCGUCAACUAUCCAACAGACAUCAGUCCAUACAUCAGCAGUGUUUUGACAACACUUAGUUCAUUCUGCAUCCACGACAAGACAGGCAACAUAUCACAGACAGCAUUAACAUUCUUUUCAGUUGUCUCUGAUUUCAUCAAUGAUGACGAGACAUGGUUAACACUUUUCGAUGAACUUUACAAUAUCUCUAUUCAUACUGAAAAUGAUGUUCGCACAGUUUCAAGUGAAAUUUCUCUUGAAAUCAUUUUGAAGUUCUGUGUUUCACAACGUCGUAUUUCUGAUGAAUUCCGAAGUACAACAUUACUUAAACGUAUAUUACCUCGUAUUGUUGUUGGUAGCCAUUCUGAUGAAUUCCAGUGUACUCUUGUUCAAGAGAUUUUCGAUCAAGAAUUCCAUUUCGAAAACUCAUUUUCGUCUGUUGAUAUCUUAACAUUUGUUUUCUCAUUAAUCAAAUGUGAAGGUGUUUGCAAAGCUGCUAUUGAUAGAUGCAUCGAAUGCCUUCGUUCAUGCUCUAUUAGCAAUGAACAUGUUUCACUCAUUCGUGCUGAAAAAGGUAUUGAUUCUUAUUCAGAAAAAAUCAUCUCCAUUGUUUUGUCAAAAUAG